AUGUCUGAUCUGAGGGUAAUGUUUGCUCGCCUUAGUCUGUUUGAUUAUGGGAGUCUGCUAACCGAGCUAUCUGUGUUGAACGAUUCUGAUCUGAGGCAAUCUAUUAUGAGGAAAGUGCAUAGUAGCCCUUAUGCAAUGUAUCUCAGCGGUAAUAAGAUAUAUCGCGAUCUCCAUGAGCUGUUGGCCAGGUUGCCCUUGACACCUACUAAGAAAGAUUCUGUUUGGAUCAUCGUGGAUCGAUUGACCAAGUCUGCUCACUUUAUUCUGGUUCGGACCGACUACUCUCUGCAGAAGUUGGCAAACCUCUACAUCUCUGAGAUUGUAAGACUAUAUGAGGCUCUUGUUUCGAUUAUUUCUAAUAGAGAUCCUCACUUCACAUCUUAG